CUGCCUUUCCGGACUCUUUUAGGCUAAUCCCUCCCGCCCGGCCUAUCCAAAGCAACCAGCGUAAGGGAGGAGAGAGAAAAAAAAAAAAGUGUCCAGGACCUACUACAAACCGCCGUCACAGAUGGCUGGCAUCUCCACAGAAACGCGUCCGCUCCCCGAUUACCAUCAAUUCCUCAUUAAGGGGGAAGGAAGAAGAAAUAAGCCGCGAAUUGACGCCAUUCGUUCCUAGCUACUAGUCCUGAUCGUUUCCCCUUCCCUCCCCCGUGUCUCCAAUGGCUCCCAGUGACCCUGUGUCGCGCACCGAACCAUCCUCCACCGACCGUAACGUCAAGCACGUCGUACUGGGUGACCUCCUUUUCCCAACAUGGUAUCAGUCCAUCUAUCCGGAAGAUCUCGUCAAUAAAGACACAGACCGGUUGUACGUCUGUCGUUGGUGCUUCCGGUACUCGUGCGACGUCCACGCCUACGCGCAACAUACGCGACUCUGCCAACACCGGACAACACCUCCCGGAACGAAAGUCUACGAUCAUGGCGGAUACUCUGUAUGGGAGCUAGACGGUGAAUGCCACAAACUCUACGCGCAAAACCUUUCCUUGUUCGCCAAACUCUUCCUCGAUCACAAGUCCGUCUUUUACGAUGUCGUCUCCUUCCUCUACUACCUCCUCGUCUUCACCGAUCCCAAUGACCCCGAGAAUUACUACGUCUUGGGCUUCUUCUCGAAAGAGAAACUCUCCUGGGAUGCGAACAAUCUCGCAUGCAUCCUCGUCUUCCCGCCCUACCAGCAUAAGCAGCUUGGAAAGCUGUUGAUGGGCGUGAGUUACAAGAUCAGUUCCUGGGAGAGCGAUAGUGGCCUUAUAGGCGGUCCGGAACGGCCGCUAAGUGAGAUGGGCCAUAGGAGUUAUACUCGGUUCUGGCAGGAACGAAUAGCCAGGUAUCUAUUGUUACGGGGCGGCAACCCGAAGGAAGCAGAGGCGGCGUCGGGCUCCGCCGUGCCACUGAAGCAGAAGUCUCCGAAGACGUCCAAGCGAAAACAUACCCACGAGCUCAUGACAGUGCAGGACAUUGGUCUGGCGACGGGGAUGUUGCCUGAGGAUGUUGUCACCGCUCUUCAAGGCCUGGGGGCCGUGGAGCCUGCGACGCCUGCCAAAAAGCGCCGGACAAAGGAUUCAUCUGGCGAGGCUGGAUCGGGCGCAGAGGAGCCCUUGUUGAUUCGGAAGUCUAAGAUUCUUGAGUGGGCCAAGUCACAUCAUAUGGCGCUCCAAGACCCUGUUAGAGAUGAAGGUUUUCUGGGGAAAUGGGCCCCGGCUGAUUCCACUGAAGAGAGUGAGGUCGACAGUGAUGAGGUUGACGAAGAUGCUGGAUAGGAGCUUCCUGCCUAUCUUUGAGCCUAUCGUUACGUUCUACCGUCAUGUUUCCUGAUGUGGAAACAGCGUGUCAUGUAUUAUCAUUUGCCUCUACUUACGCUACUGACCGUAUGGAGCAUCUUAUCAUUAAUGAAAUCUAGCAAUACGAUAAAUUGACGGGACUAGUCACAUGGAAUUAGUAGUAUUUUUGGUCGGC